AUGCGGAAGGACAGCUCUAAGAUGUGGCUCGGAGGCUGUGUGCUGGGCCUCUGCUGCCCUGUGCUGAGAGGCUGUGCUGGACAGGGAAGGGCCUGUCACGGUCAGCUCCUCAGGGACUCCAAGACCAGAGGUACACUCGGGGCAGCCCAGCCAGACACGGAGAAGGCCUGGGGCGCCCAAGCCGUGGAGACUCACGAGGAUGACCCACUGGGGAGCCUGCACCCUGAGCCCGUCGGGACGCCGGCAGAGGAGCCGCUGCCAGGCCUGGAUGCCAAGGCCUGGGUGGAGAUCAAGGACACCCUGGGCCCUCUUCGCCACCCCCAGCGAGGUCCUGAGCCUGAUCUUGACAGCCUGUACCACCCCGUCGGCCCUCCUCGCCGCCCCCAGCGAGGUCCUGAGCCUGAUCUUGACAGCCUGUGCCACCCCCCGUCGGCCCUCCUCGCCGCCCCCAGCGAGGUCCUGAGCCUGAUCUUGACAUGGCAGCGAGGACGUGGCCCAGCCUUCGGGACAGAGCCACGACAGAGCGAGCACCCAGGAGGGGCCGUCGGCUCCCCAUUCUGCUGUGCCAGCCGGCCGCGGCUGCCCGGUUUUGUCCCUGUGCUGGCACGUGCCUCAGGUGCCCUGCAUUCUCCAGCACACCCCUCGCCCCCACUCAAGCGGCAGUUGUGA